AUGCUCGUGGGGCAGUUCCUCUCGCGAAGCAUCUGCAAUGCAGUGGGCUACGCGUACCCGAUCUACAUGUCGGUCAAGGUCGCGGCCAAGGACGACGCGGCCGAGGAGCAGAUCCAGUGGGUCGUCUUCUGGACAGUCAACGCAUGCUUCUCGGUCUUUGAGAUCAUUGCGGACCGCCUCGGCAGCUUCAUUCCGCUCUACUACGAGGCGAAAGUGUGCAUGAUGGCGUGGCUCGCGCUGCCCUACUUUCGCGGCGCGACGCAAAUCUAUGAGAAGCUGCUCGCGCCCAACUUUGUCAAGUACGAGCAGUCGCUCGACGCCUCGAUCGAUUUGGCCAGCGACAAGCUGUCGCAACUCUGUCGCGAGGCCGCGUCCCUCGCGAUCCAGAAAGGCUCGGGGGCCAUCGUCCAGGGCCAGCAAUACAUUGUCAUGCAGGCCAUGCAGCAAGCGUGGAACCGACCGACAAGUCCAACAAGCGCGCCGGUUGCAGUCGUGGCCAAGACGCUCGAGCUAGAGCCCAUUGCUGUGCCAUCGCCACCCAAGCAGCCGACGACGUACGAGCCAUCAGCGCCUCCGACGGGACCGCCCUCCCGCCAAGAGAAGGAAGCCGAGCUUCUCGUGCAUUUUCGAAUUCUCUUGUCGCGCGGACUCAAAGUCCGCCAUGGCACCAAGUCGCGCUUGCUGCGGCUGAGUCCAUUGGGCACGCACUUGUAUCUCGAGUCCAAGGCGCACCGCGGCGCCGCGGCGCCCGUCGUCCUCAGUCUUCUCGCUGUCGCGACCGUCGACGCCAAGGACAAUGCUUGGUUCAAGAUGGACACGACGACGAUCCACCACACACUGACCUUGGACGCCGAAGCCAAGAAGACGCGCGACUUGCUUGUCGCAGGUCUCCGCCUGCUCGUGCUCGCCUUCCAGAAGGAAGCCAAGCGCCCGCUGGCACGAGUCGCGCACCUCCGCGCCCGCCACGUGACGCAGUUGGCCUUCGAUAUGCUGCUCGACCAUGUCAACCGCGCCAAGCUCCAACGCUCGUUUUAA